CGGACAAACACUAUUGUUAAAAAAAUUAAUUAACAAAGAAAAUAUUUGUCUAAAAAUUAUUUCAAUUAUAUUCCUCACCCUGUGUUCUUUAUUAUUUCAUCAAAGUUAAUCGAUUUUUUUUUCAACUGAAGAGUAAUUGUGAGAAAAACAACAAAAGGUAACAUUCACUAACUACUACACUUGACUCAUUCUCGCAAUCUUUUUGGAAGUGGAUUAAAAUGAGUGCCCGUUCAAGACGUCCUGGCACUGCCAGUAGCCAAACUCCGAAUGAGUGUGUACAGGUAGUGGUGCGUUGUCGACCCAUAAGCAACAAGGAACAAUCUGAGGGUUCCGAGGAAGUGGUGGCAGUGUAUCCCAAUCGUGGCGUUGUAGAAAUAACAAACUUGACCGAAGCAAAUAAAGAACAAACAAAAAUGUUCACCUAUGAUGCAGCUUAUGAUGCUUGUGCGACACAAAUCAAUUUAUAUAAUGAGGUCGUAUUUCCGCUUGUAAGUUCGGUUCUAGAUGGUUUUAAUGGCUGCAUAUUUGCGUAUGGUCAAACUGGAACAGGAAAAACGUUUACCAUGGAAGGUGUAAGAGGUAAUGAAGACCUCAAGGGUAUCAUUCCUCGUACAUUCGAACAAAUUUGGCUUCAUAUUAAUCGGACCGAAAACUUUCAAUUUCUUGUCGAUGUCAGCUAUUUGGAGAUUUAUAUGGAAGAGUUACGCGACUUGUUAAAACCGAAUUCUAAACAUUUAGAAGUGCGAGAGCGUGGUUCUGGUGUUUAUGUACCCAAUUUACAUGCCAUAAAUUGCAAAAGUGUUGAUGAUAUGCUAAAUGUAAUGCAUAUUGGCAAUAAGAAUCGAACUGUGGGUUUUACAAACAUGAAUGAACAUAGUUCACGAUCGCACGCUAUAUUCAUGAUAAGAAUAGAGAUGUGUGAUAUUGAGACAAACACUAUAAAAGUUGGAAAACUUAAUUUGAUAGAUUUAGCAGGAAGCGAACGCCAGUCUAAAACAGGUGCGUCAGCAGAACGAUUAAAGGAAGCAAGUAAAAUAAAUCUUGCUCUAUCUUCACUUGGAAAUGUAAUAUCAGCUCUGGCAGAGAAUUCACCUCAUAUACCCUAUCGUGAUUCUAAGCUUACACGCCUGUUACAGGAUUCUCUGGGAGGUAAUUCGAAAACAAUUAUGAUUGCUAAUAUUGGUCCAUCAGCAUAUAAUUACAAUGAAACCUUAACAACCUUACGGUACGCAUCCCGUGCUAAAACUAUUCAAAAUAAACCAGUGAAGAAUGAAGAUCCACAGGACGCGAAGCUUAAAGAAUAUCAAGAGGAAAUCGAAAGGUUGAAGCGCUUGAUUGCACCAAAACAACAACGCACAGAAAAGACAAUCAAGAAACGACAACGUAAACCAAAGAAAGAAAAAGUAAGCAACGAAGUGGUGCAAUUAGAAGUAGAAGAAAGUGAUGAGGAGCCUGAAUCGGAUAAAGAAAAUGAAGCGGAAGUAGUGAAGUCAAAUGAAGAAUUAGAACGGGAGCGUGUUGAGACAGCUAAACUUGCUACUAAACUAGCAGAACUAGAAUCACAGUUAGUGCGUGGUGGAAAAAAUUUGUUGGAUACUUACAGUGAACGUCAGUUAGAACUUGAGAAGAAACUGGUUGAGAUUGCAGAAAGAAAAAAACGUGAAAUAGAAAUUCAGCAGCAACUGGAAUUGCAAGAAGAGACCACAUUGGAAAUCCGAGAGACGGUUACAUCUUUGGAGCAAGAAGUAGAAUUGAAGAAAAGAAAGUUAUCCAAGUGUUACGCUAAAUAUUUAGCUCUACAACAAGAGCUCAAUGAUUGUAAAUAUGACCAUAAUCAAGAUUUAAGGGAAUUAGAAAUGGCACAAAAUGAACUAGUGAAGGAAUUGAAGCGACAGUUAUUAAUCAUAGAUAAUUUUGUACCAGUAGAGGUGAAGCAACGUCUCUAUACCCAGGCAAAAUACGAUGAGGAACAAGAAGAGUGGAAAUUCUCAACCAUCCCAAUGGUAGGAGAUCAAAGUAGCUUAACAAAGCGUCCUGUUUCACACCCUCAACGCCGUCGGCCCAUCUCAGAAUACGCAUUAAUGGAAGCUAAAACCAAUGGAUCCUCCGCUUUGCGUUUUAAAAAUGAAAACAUUGUAUCGUACGAACUAGAAAUGCCUUGUCGAACCACUCAGGAGUAUCGUUCGCCGAAAGUGUCAGCUUCGCUGCAAGCGGUGUUAGCUCAAGCUAUGCAAACCGGUGACGACAUCGAUAUUGUGGAUUCCCAUACUAAUUCCAUACGUAGUCGACUUGAGAAUAUUAUUAAUGCUAGUGCCAAUGCUUCAGCUGCUCUGGCAUCUGUUAAUAACAGUCCUACAACUCCGAAUGUCGUGACCGCCGUUCCCGUGGCUGGAGCACGUAAUAUUAAACCGGGUCGAGGUGUCGGCUCCCCUGGUUCGGCAAUUGACUCAAAUAGACGUCCACCAACUGGACGAAUGGGGCUUAAGAAACCAGCAUCGGCCUAUCCCAAAGCUCGUGGGUUGGUUAAUAAGUAAAUACCGCACAGCUAAGAACAAAACGACACCUUUAACAUAUGGAUGCACACAUAUUUUAAUGGAAUGUCUUAUUGUAUUAAAAUUAUAAAAAGUUCGAAAAGCUUAUAUUUCUCCACUCACAAUAUCUGAUACAAUUAUCGAAGAUCUAUAUUAUAUUAUUUGAAUGGGUUAUAACUCAUUGGUAGAUUUUGUUUAUUUUUGAAAAGUAUGUUAAGGAGUUAAUACUCGUAUUUUUUUAUACAUAUGUAUAUGUAUGUAUUUGUUGAUCAUUUUACUUUACACAAAUUUUUACAAUUUUAUUUUCUAAGUUCAUUGUUUUAUUGACUGUGCAAUAUAUUAAUAAGAA